AUGCAACGUACACUAAUCUCCAAAUGUCUCACCUCAACGGGUCGAUUUCUUCGGCCCGCAACCCACUUUCUUCCAUCCAACUCAAAAUCUACAUCUGAUAUUUUUAUCAACCAUCGGGGAACUGACACAAAACGGACAAUUGCAGGUCUUUUGUACCACCACCUUUCUGGUCUUGGGUAUCACCCGUUUUUAGAUAGCAAGAGUAUGAAACCCGGUGACAAUCUAUUUAAAAAGAUUGUCCCUGGGAUUCAGAACUGUAAGAUUGGGGUAGCUAUUUUUUCACAACGUUAUUGUGAGUCGUAUUUUUGUUUGCAUGAACUUGCAUUGAUGAUGGAGUUUAAAAAGAAGAUUUUGCCCAUAUUUUGGGAUGUGAAACCUUCGGAGCUCCGAAUUGUAGAUAAUGGAAGUUACUCUACCAAGGAGAUUGAGAGAUUUCAAAAGGCUAUUGAUGAAGUUAAAGAUAUAGUUGGAAUAACAUUUGAUACUUCAAAUGGGGACUGGUCUGAAUUUUUGUCAAGUGCAACAGAUUCAAUUGUGCAAUGCUUGCAUGAGACUGAAGAAGAUAAUGAAAGGCACCUUAAACAUAAGAUCACUAAAUAUUGA